AUGACUUUGAAUAAAAUAAUAAGAAGUGUGCCGCUCAAGCAGUUUGGAAAUAUAAAUAAAAGAAAUAUAUUUAAUAUAUAUAACAAAACAAAAAUAGUUGGAAAAAAUGAAAUAAUUAAUUACACACAAAAAAGAACAUACUUACAUUUUACUCGAACAUUACCAGAAGAUUAUGAAUUACCAUUAGAUACGUUUCCUGAAAAUAUAAAUGAAAUAUUAACUAGUGAUAAAAAAAACCAUGAUUUUAUUCAAAGUUAUUGGUACUGGAAAAUAAGAAGUGAAAGCAAUUUAUUAAAUCAUGAAAAACUUAUUAAAAAAUCAUAUAAACAGCUAGCUGUUGACCUUGGGAUGCAGAUAGCUAACCCUGACAACGAGCAUAUGUUAGCCUUACUCGAAUUUUACGAGUAUUUAAAAUCAUCCCCAUUUGUUGGCCCUUUUGGAACUAUAGAAAAUCCAGUGAUAGUACCAAGUGUGCAUACAGAGAGAGUAGUUUGUUGUACAGGAGGUACAGGUGAAAAUGAACAUGUUCCAUUAUUUUUUAGAUGUAGAGAAGGGUUUUUAUAUCGUUGUGGUGAAUGUGAUCAAAUUUUUAUGCAUGUUAGAGUUUUAUAUUCACUAGAAGAUGGUAACGACCCAUUUCCAAACGACCCAGAUGUUGACGACACUUUUGAUUUAAAUUUAAUAGAGGAAAAUAUGAAAAUGUAUAAUGAUGAUCAAUAUGUACGAUGGCCAGUAGGUAAUGUUACUUACAGGCAAAUGUUUCUUGAAGGGAAAUGGGGAAAUGAAAAACCUAAAAACGUUGCGGCGUAA